GUUUGGGCUGCCUGUCCAACAUGGCGGCUGCUGGCUGCGUCUUCCACAGAACCCUGACUCGGUCCAGACCCGCACCGAACAAGGCGUCCGCGUCCUCUCCUGUCGUCUGCAGGCAGUACCUGUACGUGGUGGACCUGCAGCGUUACAGCAGAGACCAGGGGUCCUGCGUCUACUUCCCCCAGGCUGUCCUCAACGGUGAUGACCUGUAUGACGUCACACUGACGGACGGGGACUGCAGGCUUCAGGUGACUCUGGAUCCCGGUCUGAACCGGCUGGUGGAGAGGCACGUCCUGCAGCCUGGAUCGAUGCUACGUAACGCCACCUUCACCGCCGCCAUGACCGCUCAGCUCCUCCCAGCAUGCCCCGGGGCGUCUGGAGAGACAGACAGCUACAGGCUGGUGAGUACGGAGGUCAGAGGUGGCGCUGCAGGCGACGGCGAUGGCGUCACAACGUUUGAUGUGGACUGGGACUCUCUGCCCUGGUUUGGAUCCUCAGAACCUGCAGGGCCUGUGGUUCCUCUGAGAGCCAGUAGGAGCGUGUUCCUCCCUCUGUGGAACAGUGUGGACUACAGUGGGGAGGUGUGGAGGGAGGCCCCGCCCACUGAGGAAGAGGAGGAGGAUGAAGAAGACGAGGAGGAGGAAGGGCGACGUCCUGCUGUGACUGUGUCCGAGCUGCGUGACUCCUUCCUGUCUGGUCACCGGGGCGUUACCAGGGGCGCCGUCCAGCAUCAGCUGAUCAUACGCAUCAUCAACAAGUCACACCUGAUGUAUUAUGGGAGAACAGACCGAAACUGUGAAUGUCCUUAUAAGGCGGUGUUGGAGGUGUGCGACCGGACAGGAAGUGUGUGUGUGGUGUUGUGGAACAGCGUGUGUGUCAGCUGGUAUUGCUGUCUGAAGCCUGGUGACAUCAUCAGCCUGAGACGCUAUCGAGUCAAACAGCACUACCUGGCUGAGACGGAUGAUAUCGAGAUCAGCGUCAACAGCAGAAAUCCUGCCGCGCUGAUAUCUGUUCUCCCAGAAUCCUCCAUUUCACCCGAGUAUCUACCACCUGCGCCCACCUACAGCUUCUGCAACAGUAAGGAGCUGCUGGAGCGUCCCCACAGCGCCUUGUGCGAUGUCAUUGGCCUGCUGACGUUCUCAGGACGAUCGGAGCGAAUCAGGAGCAAGGAUGGCCGAGGGGCGGAGCUUUUGGAGUAUCGCUGGCUGCGAUUGGAGGAUGGGACGAGCAAUCAGCCAAUCAUGGUGAAGCUCUUCUCCACAUCUCAACCUGAAACCAACUGCAAGCUCCACCCAUUGUCUGUGGUUGUUUGUACCAGACUGAAGAUGAUCAGAGCUGCAGAUCAAACUCUCAGCUGCUGCUACCUGACGAACACAACGUACACACAGGUGUACUGCACAGGACUGGGCCACCACUCAGAGAUGAGUUACCGUAAGCUCCUGCCGGUGCGACAGUUCCUCCAAUGGCUGAGGAGCCAGGACGACCAACUGAUGCUGGGCAGGGCUCUGAUUGGAGGAUUCUUCAUGUACCCUCCUCCUCCGGUCUCCUUGGAAACGUACAUGAAAGACCGGAGAGGUGAGCCAGGUUUCUUGCGGGGGGUGGAGCUUCAGAGGGAGGUGGAGAGGCUCUGUUACCGGGAACGAUGCACCUUCUGUAUCCAGGCAACAGUUACCAUGGUUACAUACAGCCGCAGAGGAGAGGAGGAUCGCUGUUUGUUUUGGACCGAUCGAGCUGCCUCUCUCUCCCCCUCCUCGUCCUCCUCCUCCUCCUCCUCCUCCCCUCGUCUCUCUAAAUCCUCCCUGGACCUGUCUUCCUCCCCUUCCUCCUCCUCCUCCUCCUCUCUCCUCCUCCUCCCCUCCACCCCCCGUUCACUCAGACCUCCCCUCUCCCCCUCCUCCUUGUCUUUGUCUCCCACCUCUCCGUCCUCAGCUGUCAGUCAGCUGACGCCUCGCCGUGUGGACGUCAGAGCAGGCAGGAGGUCGUGGAAGAGGAAGCAGCUGCUGCGGCCUGACACUCCCAGGAAGAGACACCCGUGGGUGACAUUACAACCAGAACAAAACAAGUCAGAGAUUCUGUUUGAAGCCUCCAUGGAGUUCCUAGAAAACACAAACGCUGAUGAAGACGACAGCGACGAUGACGACACCUCGUCUUUCGUCACCGCUCCGCUCUCUCCAACCUUCCCGCCCGUCGCCGUAGAGACGCUACCGAUGCGUUAUGACCACACCCACAGGGAAGAGCAGGCAGUCACCGUGGCAAUGGGAGGAAGAGUGACACCUGAGGGGUUUGACUACGCCAUCGAGGACUACUACACACUGAGACUGAGAGCUCUGUCAGACGGUGUGUCGGUCCACGCCGUCUUCCUCCCUCAUUCUUCCUCUUCCUCCCUCUCUCCUCCCCUCCUCCCUCACGCCAACACCUGGACCUCCAUCUUAUCACACGGAGCCUUCUCUUCACACAAACCUCCACCUUCACCAGCUGACCUCAUCGGCAUGGCAGCCCAGCUGACCAAUCAGAGCUCGUGCUGCUGCAGGGGGGAGGAGGGGACUAAAUGUUGGACGGCUCCUUUAAGACUGCGUCCACACAACUACCUCAUGAAAUCCACCUCUAUUGUCUACUCCGCCGUGGGUGUGAUGUCAUCGUUUCCAAAACACAACCCCAGGGUUUUCAAAAUAAAACACAUCCCCAGAGUUUUCAGAGCGGGCGGAGCUGACAGACUGUUUUCUCUCUUCAGACACCCGUGGGUGACAUUACAACCAGAACAAAACAAGUCAGAGAUUCUGUUUGAAGCCUCCAUGGAGUUUCUAGAAAACACAAACGCUGAUGAAGACGACAGCGACGAUGACGACACCUCGUCUUUCGUCACCGCUCCGCUCUCUCCAACCUUCCCGCCCGUCGCCGUAGAGACGCUACCGAUGCGUUAUGACCACACCCACAGGGAAGAGCAGGCAGUCACCGUGGCAAUGGGAGGAAGAGUGACACCUGAGGGGUUUGACUACGCCAUCGAGGACUACUACACACUGAGACUGAGAGCUCUGUCAGACGGUGUGUCGGUCCACGCCGUCUUCCUCCCUCAUUCUUCCUCUUCCUCCCUCUCUCCUCCCCUCCUCCCUCACGCCAACACCUGGACCUCCAUCUUAUCACACGGAGCCUUCUCUUCACACAAACCUCCACCUUCACCAGCUGACCUCAUCGGCAUGGCAGCCCAGCUGACCAAUCAGAGGCUGGUGUGUGUCCUGGAGGCGUGUCACCUGGGCGGAGCCACAACUGAACUCAUCCUGAGCCGAGCGUUUCACCUGCCUAACUGACACACACACACACACACACACACACACACACACACACACAGAUGCCUGAUGGGAGUUGAAGUUGUUUAAUUUAUUUGUAACUUUUAGGUUUGACAGUUUUUAUACUUGUUAAUUUAUAAUAUUUCUAAUUAUUUGAUGCUGUGUUAAUUUAUGACACAUGCUGCUGCACUUUACUGCGUGUUCGUUUUGGGAGUUGUAGUUUUUUAACUACAUUUAAAAAGAACCAGCGACGGCAGCUGUUCUGGCAGAUGGUCGUUGACAGGUGUCAGUGGGAGUUAACACUUUCUGUUACAACCCUCCAAUCACAGUGAAAGUAUUGAGUCUAAACAUCAGCACAUAUAUUUAGUUUAUAUCGUGUCAAUGAUGGAAGAAGAGAAAUGUAUUUGUCAGUUUUAUUCAGGACCUGUUUGAUAAUUACAGGGUGGAGUUACUGUUGUUAUGAUGUUAGAAACAAGAAGCUGAAUAAAGUUAUCAUUAUUUGUAUGUCAUUAGCACAUAUGAAGCAAUGACACUAAUUGUUGGGCUGUAACAUGAAGCUGGACACUUUAAAUAAAAAGGAAGAGCUGAUGAAACCUGA